GUGGCGACAUGGAUAUCAACAGGGUUAGCAAUUGAAGAGGCUCAGAUUGCAUUGCUCAUCGAGGUCCGAAGGAUUGGAAGAAGAUCCACCGAGACACAGAGAUUAGACAUCGCCCGUCAAAGAGAUCGGCUCCAAGGCCAGAUAGAUGGAUUUGAUGCAGAUGAUGAACCUGAAGACUUGGACGUAGACAUUCUAGAUGAUCUCGAUGAUGACCCGGCGGAUUUCACAGAGACAUCUCACACAUGGACAAACUCUCCCGAGCUAACUGUAAUCCCAUUGCCAUCAAACCUGGGGGUUGACAGAUGCAGACGAUGCAUGGCAGAGGAUCUGAUUCCCCUGGAGAUGUCGCUUCGUGAAGGGCAGGCCAAUGAUGCCCUUCACAAUCUCCGCAUUUACCUUUGCAACAAGGCCAUCCUGUUCCGAACAACCGUUAGGCAGGCCAAUUCCCAGGCCCUGAAAACUCGAGCUUGGUCCCAGGUGACGUCGGUGCAGCAGGCAGUCUCCCUCCAUGCCAGCAUAUAUACAAAGACAAGGAAGCAAAUGAUGAAACUUGAGCCGGGGCAAGACCAGCUUCAGAAAUACAAACCCCUGCUUCGCGAGCAACUCAAAAUCAGCACUGCAGUGGGCGACCCAAAUGCCCGAGGUCAACGAAAUGAAUCUUUGGCUUGGUUUUGGUCUGUUGAAGUCGACCUCGGGGGUCCUGAUCAAUCGUGGAAUGAAGAAUUUUACCGAGUCCAUUGGCUGAGGGCAAAGGCACUACGGGAUCGAUGGAGGGAAGAAAUGCUAUUGGUCACAUUCGAGAUGGAUUGGACAUGUAAGUUCUUUUUGUGGAAAACAACCAUAUGGGGCGAGCACAUGCAGGAAUCAUUGGAGAAACGACUUCCGGGUCACGGAUGCUACGCCGGAAGGCAAUCCCACAUGUAUUCAUUGCUGGCACAGGAUGCGCAGGCAGCUUUUCAAGACCUACAAAACGUGUUGAUAGAGGCUGGAGAUGAAUGA